UGCUCCUCUUCCGGGCGGACUGACGUCAUCACCGUCACGUUUCUUUACGUUGAGUGUCGUCGCCGUUUGACGGUAUGUGGAAAGUAGCAAUGUCGGAGGAGGUUGGGAAGGCGCUACAGUCGGUAGUGGAGCGAGUGAACCAGGCGGCGGCACGGCGGGCAAAGAUGCUACCGACUGUGCCGCCUCGCCUCGUCGCUGUCAGCAAGACAAAACCGCCGGAGAUGGUGGUGGAGGCCUACAAGCAAGGACAGCGCAACUUUGGAGAAAACUACGUUAAUGAACUUGUGGACAAAGCUUCAGAUCCUCUGAUUUUAGAAUCAUGUCCAGAAAUCAAGUGGCACUUUAUCGGCCAUCUACAGAAGAAUAACGUCAACAAACUUUUGGGUGUUCCCAACCUGUUCCUGGUGGAGACGGUCGACUCGGCCAAACUGGCUGAUAAGGUCAACAGCUCAUGGCAGCGCAUCAGAGGUUCGAGUACGCAGAGGUUAAAGGUCAUGGUGCAGAUCAACACCAGCGGAGAACAGAGCAAACACGGGCUUCCACCGGGGGACACGGUCAACACGGUGAAGCACAUCGUGUCUCAGUGUCCCGCCCUGAUGUUCGCAGGACUCAUGACCAUCGGACGCUACGGAUACGACCUCACGCUGGGACCAAACCCAGACUUUCAGAUGCUGCUGAGUCGGAGGCAGGAGUUGUGUGACAGCCUGAAGCUGCCUGUGGAGGAGGUGGAGCUCAGUAUGGGGAUGUCCACGGACUUUGAACACGCGAUCGAGGUGGGCUCCACCAACGUGCGGGUGGGCAGCAUCAUUUUCGGCAACAGGGAGUAUCCCAACAGCGCCGCCAACACUCCGAACCCCAGCCCGGCUCCCAGCCCGGCUCCCAGCCCGGAGAAAACCUCCAAGAUGGUGUCGGAAGAAGCCGCCAAGAAGAUGACGCACCUCACCGUGUCUGAACACUAAGAAGAGCUUCUUCUCCUCUGAAAUACCUUUAAGAAAAUUCUAAUGAUAAUAUUAAUAAUGAUCAUUUAAAAAAAACAAACAACCUCUUCACGUGCAAGAUGAACAGACCGUUUCCGCUGAGUCGUGUGGAGCGGGGGUUGCACAAAUUCCUGCAUCAUUUUGAAGAGCUCUUGCCUAAUCCUCUUCACUUUUUUGUGUGCCCUUCUUGCUCUUUUAAGCAUUUAGAAAGUGGCAUUCAGUCCAGAGGUAGUAGAACCUUUUUUAACGGUAGUGUCUAACAGGCGUCAUUUACCUUUAGUGCUCUGACUCCCUCCUCAUGGAGAAACCUUUUAGCGAAGAUACGAGUCCAACACUGGCGACUUACGGAAGCUUGAUUUCACAGCAGAUGAGGUGAGGAUUUGUCGUGCUGAUGUGAUAUUUUCUACCUUUCCAACCCGACAUGUGACAGUGCUGAAAUGUGUCCCAGAGGUCAGGAGCUCCCCACAGUACAAAUGUACCGUUUUUGUUGUACAGUUGAAGCAAAGACUUGAUUUAAUAAAUCAUUUACCCUUUAUAAUGAUGCAUAGUAUUGUGAUAUUGUUUCGUACGGUGUGCCAAAUGUGUCAGAUCUCUAUUCUUGAUAUUAACAAACCCGAGCUCUUGUUUGUGUUCCAGUCCUGUGUCCGUGCCGUGGUGUUCGUUGGAGAUUGAGAGUAAACCUAUGCAAAGUGGUGUUUUUUUGUUUCCGAGUAGAUUUUUUUUUUUUGCGCUGGUUUCCUCAAAGAUGUCACAGGCUCGGUGUGUUUCUGUCUCCAUGAAAAGUGCGCUGAUUUGUCAGUGAUUUAAAAAAAAAAAAAAACACGAAAAGGGGUUGUGGUGAGACGUGUUCAUGAGGCGUUUGAGCGUUGUUUGGUUUGGAAUCAGCUCUGAAAGGAAGCCAAAGCCAAGCAAUAAAUUUUACUGUUGAAAAUA